CGUUAUAUGAACGAUUGGUCGGUGAGGAAAAUAAUGUUAAAGAAAUAAAAAUAUUAUUAUUUAUUUUUUACGUAUUUUUACUUGUCGAAACGAACGAGUGGAAAUGUGUUAGGUGGCGUUUUUUAAAAAGCCAGUACCAAGCGAUGGUCGGUCGCACGACCGUAGUCGUCCCACAUCGCCGCAGUAGAAACCAGGCGAACGUCAUCGACCGAUCGUCCCAGACUAUCGAGCCGGACGGGAGCGCUUAGUCGCGUCUAGUAAUGUAGUGGUAGGUCGAAUAGGUUGAUUUCUAGACGCACGUCUCGUACGUCAUCUGUCCGCCCCUCUUUUACAAUUUGUAUCUUUCUUACGGGGCGACAUAUUCCGGAGUUAGAGACCGACGACGUUGCGUAUCCCGUUCUGUUAUGGAAGGUUUUCGAACGAUUUCUGAAUCUUCGUACGUUUCACCCUCUUCGUACAGUUCCACACCAGCCGCAGAGAAGGCUGCGUCAAAGAAGAAAGAGGUGGAGGAGACAGUUGUGAUCAAAUUUCAGCACAAAUAGCAUCUGCUCCAGGGGGGCGUGAAGAAGAGUCGAUGAAGCAGCAGACUCAGUCACAGCAGCAGGCAGCUAGUAAGCGUUCACAAGCAGGCAAUACUCAGCAGUCUGCCACCCAAAGCUCACGCUAUCCUCCCCGAGAGGUCCCACCUCGAUUCAUGCAACAGCAGCCAGUUAAAAAUAAAUCUCAAAAGGGAAGAGAUGGCGAAUUUAAUAUUUGGGGUGAACCAGGAAACGCCUGGGAAAAAGUGAGUGUGGAUGAUCAUAAUAAAGACAGUCAAUCAGACAUGACUUUGGAAACAUCGUCGGGUAAUGUCAGUACCCCAAAUUCUCUUUCUGGAUCUGUGAUAUCUAGCUCAAGCCUCUGUGGUGUGCAAGGUACAACCACCUGUAUCAUUGCUUCCACUGGUGGAAGUCUCCACAACCACAGUAACGCUCACCAUGGAGUGCAAAGCUCCAAUGCAAAUUCCUUUGAAGCCAGUCACUGUUCAGGUUCUUCCAUGCUGGGUGGAUGCACCCUGAACCAGGGUAAUCCUCAGAGCAGCAGCAAUAGUCAGAGUGCACAAUCUCCCUCAUCUACUGAAUGGGGGACUACUAAUUUUGAGCCAAUGGACUCCUCUAUCAUAUGGGGUGGAGCAAGUACUGUUGGUGACAGACCUCAGGGCAGUAAUAUCCCACAGAACCAAAAACAAAACCCCAUAGGGGCCAAAAAUACUUCAGACUUAAGCCUGCAACAGGCUACUACUUGUUCAAAUAAUCCUCAUGGUAAUUCAGUAAAUGGACAGUCAUCACAUCAGCAAGAUAUGCAAUCAGGUUUGCACAGUGCUGAUUGCAUGGAAAGAUAUAGUGACUGUGUCUCAGGAACAGCAAGCCCUUUAUCUGGGCCUGCCAAUCACUCCUCAAAUGGAAGAAGUUUUCCAGGGUGUAAUAAUAAUAAUAGUUUCGGAAAUGGAUUAGGAAGUGGAGGACAUUCCAAUAACCUUCAUCAAUCUCAGAACCAGCAUCUAGUAGGUAAUUCACAUGCUGGGGAAUCCUGUAGUUCUCACAGCCAGAACAUUUCCUAUGGUGCUCAGUACAAUUCUUCUAAUAAUAUGCCCAAUAGUCAGGUAUCAGGAAAUGAUCACAGUUCCUCAAAUAUCCAGAACAACCCACCCUAUCCAGGAUGGCAAGGGCUCAAUUCAGGAGCCAAUGGUUCUUCCUAUAAAGGAUGGAACAUUCCAGAAAAUAGUGUAUCAGGGAGAAAUGCUUAUGUGAAUCAUAGCAGUCACACAAAUGCAAAUACACCAGAUAGUUCAAAAAAUGGAGGAUCCAGUCAUAAAACAAACAGUGGUAGUAUUAUAAAUUGUAAUAUAUUAUCUCAUUCUGCUGAAUCAUCCAGUGACAAUAUGUAUGAGGGAUUAAUAGGUGCAACUGGAGGAUCUAAUACCCCACCACUAGACAGUAUUGCUAGGAAUAACAAUGGAAACUAUCAGAGAGAGAGUACAAAUUCUGGGUGGGGUAUGCCACCUCGUAUGGGCCUUCUUGGUGGUGGUGAAAGUUCUUUAAAUAAUGGUACUUCAAGUUGGGGUGGACCACCACCAGCAGGAACCAGUUCUGGGUGGUCUAACAGUUCUAGACAGAAUUCGGGACCAUCAACUGAUCUAGCAACUACACCAAAUCAAGGAGAAACGUCAACUGGUUUAUCACCACCUAAAUGCCAUGGAACUUGGGCACAAGCAGCUGGAAAAGGAUUAAAUCAGCAGGUGCAAAGCAGUCAUAAUGACAGUUGUGAUAAUAGUAAUAAUGAGUCACAGAAUGAACAAGGUUCACAUAUAGUAAUAAAUAAUGGAUCAAAUAAAGUUAGAACAGAAGAAAUAAAUGAAAUUAAAAUUGCUGCUGCAUUCAGUGAUGGUUGGGGUCAAAUGGGUAUUAAUCAGGAUACUACUUGGGAUGUUCCCCAAUCACCACAAACAAGUCCUAAAGAUACUAGUAAUUCAAUGUGGCGUGCUCCGGCAAAUACAGGAACUGAAAUAUGGGAAAGCAAUAUUCGCCAUCGUAGUAAAACCCCUGCAUCAAAUACUUCUAACACUCAUCCAUGGGGUCACACACCUUCAACGCACAUUGGUGGUACAUGGGGUGAAGAUGAAGAUAAUAGUAAUAUGUGGACUGGUGUUCCACAAAGUACUAACUGGAAUGAAGAAACUGUGAGACAUAACAUUUGGCCAGGUAGCACACAUCAUACUGAAAAUAACAACAACAACAAUCAAAAUAAUAAAAAUUGGGGAAAUCAAAAUACAUCCUCAUGGGAGGGAAAUGGACCUGAUAAUGGCACUUCAGUAUGGGCUUCUACAGCAACUAAAACUCCUAAUAUUGGAACAUGGUCUCCAGUUACGACUCCAAAAAAAGAUAUUCAACCAUCUGGAUGGGAAGAACCAUCACCUCCCACAUCACGCCGUCCAUUACCAAAUUAUGAUGAUGGCACUUCUCUCUGGGGGAAUCCUAAAUCUCAAGGAAGAGUAUCUCAUUGGAAGGAUAUGCCAGCAGCCAAACCAAUUAUGAACAAUAAUGUAAAUCAAGGUCCUAUGCCUUCAGGAAGUAUGUUGCCUUCUGGAGCUGGUAAUGGUCCUGUAAUGGCACCAGCUGGACCUGGAAUGAUAAGAAUUCCUCCUGCUUCAACAGUAAAUAAAGCAGAUGUUGGUAUUGCAGUUUGGGGUAAACCCCCAUUAAAUCGAGGGGCUAGUUGGUCUGAUAUGCCUCCACAUAGAGAUUCUCCAGGUAUAAACAAUUGGGAAGAUUCUCAUACUCCACCAUUAAUGAAAAACAUUCCAGGAACACCUACUACUCCUGGUGGAGCAUUUAGUGGUGGUUGGAAUGAUCAACAUGCCUUCUGGGGUGCUAAACCUAAAGGAUCCACUCCAAAUUGGGGUGAUGGUCAAAUAGAUACAAGUACUUGGUCAGCAAAACAGGGUGGCAAACCACUUAGUAAAGAUCUUAUCUGUGCAAGUAAGCAGUUCCGCCUCCUCACGGAAAUGGGUUUCAAGAAAGAUGAUGUGGAAAAUGCUCUCAGGAAUAAUAAUAUGAAUAUUGAUGAUGCAUUGGCUGAGCUGCAAACUCUUUCAACGAGAGAGAACAACACUUUAGAUUUGGAUAGUUUUGGAGGAAGUGGGCGAUGUAAAAUGCGUCCUAACAUGCCUGAAGAGAUCUGUCUUGAUCAUCCUUUAGUAGAUGCCAAUUUUGGUCCUGGAAAUUUUCAUGGGUCUGCAGGAUUUCAAGGACAGCAAAUACUUGCUCCUGCUUUUGGUGGUGCUCAGACUCUUAAACCACAAGUCAAACAGGGCUCAGGAUUAAACAGCAAUACUCCUUCUAGUCUACUUAGCAAUGCAGCUUUGGGUGGUCAAGCAUCUAGUCUUAAUAUGGGAAACAGUAUUAGUAGCCUGAGUCCUGCUUUAGUGCAAAAGAUUCUUCAGCAACAUCAACCACCAACAUUUAAUCCUAGCAUGCCACAGAAUGCCAUAGGUGGUCAAGCAGGUCGAGUAGGUCAGCAAAAUUUUCCUUCAGCUGCUCAAUUAAGAACCAUGUUUCAACAGAUACAGAUGGCAGUUCAAGCAGGUCAUUUAAAUCCCCAGAUUUUAAAUCAUCCACUUGCUCCACAAACAUUACAAUUACUAUUUCAAUUGUUACAACAAAUUAAAACACUUCAUCAGUUGCAGCAGCAGCAACAAUUUGUGCAAUCACAACAUAUGGGAAAAACAGGUGGUGGAGGACCAGGAAAUCCACUUCAGUUAAAUGUGCAAAUUACACAAACAAAACAACGAAUAGUUAAUUUACAAAAUCAGAUUGCUGCUCAACAAGCCAUGUUCCUGAAACAGCAGAAUAUAUAUUUUCAGCAACAACAACAUCAUACUCCUGGUCAUCCUUCAUUACAUACACCUCAACCGUCCUCUGAAAUUUUUAAGCCAAAUGUAGAUCCAAUGUCUGGACUACACGCUGAUUUUCGAGAUUUAUCAUUGAAAGAUAGUACUCCUCAGCCUCAAUCAAGAUUGACUCAAUGGAAACUUCCAUCAUUUGAAAAAGAUGAUACUCCUCCUACUAGUAACUCAGGUGGUGGCAAUAAUAAUGUGAACAAUGGUCCUGCAGAUUUUAGUCGUGCACCAGGAUCUUUAUCUAAAUCAUCUGGUCUUUCUUCUUCCUCCUCUCAUGCAGGUUCAAAUUUACAUCCAUUACUAAGCCAAGGUGAAAGUGCAUGGUCAACUCUGCCACGUAAUCAAAAUGAUAUGGGAGGUUGGCCAGAUUCGGCCAUUAGUGUCCCUGGAAACAAUACAAGUGGCAAUAACAACAAUGUUGGAAAUAAUCCAGGAUCCGUUCCUACGACAAUAACUAAUUGCAAUAUGAAUAAUGGUAGCGCUGUUACUUGUGAAAAUAAAGACUCUUCUGCCCCACAAACUCCUGUGGCUCCUAGUAGUACUACUACUCAUCCAACUUACAAUUUAACUGAUUUGGUACCUGAAUUUGAACCUGGUAAGCCCUGGAAAGGAACUUCUCAGAUGAAAAAUGUUGAAGAUGAUCCACACAUUACUCCUGGAAGUGUGGCAAGAUCUCCACUAUCAGUUAACACUAUUAAAGAUACAGAUUUGUUCAAUUGGACAUCAAAAAGCAGUCCUGUGACAGCAAGUAGUACAGAUAGCUUAGUUUCAUCACUUGCCACCUUAACAUCAAGUACGUGGGCUUUCACACCACCAACUUCUGCUUCUUUACAUAAUAGUGCAACAGCAGUGCCCGGAAAAUCUGGCAGCUCUAAACCUAGCUGGGGACCUUUGAUGUCAGAUAAUGCAUCGGGUUCGGAAUUGUGGGGAUCGGCAAUCUCAAAAACUCGAGGUCCACCACCCGGAUUAGCCGGACAAGGAAAGGGCAUGAACACUGCAUCUUGGGGAGGACAAACAUCUCGACAUGGUUGGAAUUCAAAUGACAACAGAUCUGGUUUAUCUAGUGGGUGGGAUAGACAGGCAUCUGCUACCUUCCUGGUUUUAAGGAAUUUGACUCCACAAAUCGAUGGUUCGACUUUAAAAACACUCUGUAUGCAGCAUGGUCCUUUACAACAGUUCCAUUUGUUCCUGAAUCAUGGAAUUGCCCUCGUUCGUUACCAGACCCGUGAAGAAUCUGCCAAAGCUCAGUCAGCUCUUAACAAUUGUGUUCUGGGCAAUACUACUAUUUUGGCUGAUAUACCCAGUGAUUCUGAAGUUCAACAAUAUAUGCAGCUACCUGGUGGUCAAUUGGCAGCAACAAAUGUUAUGGGAUGGCCAGCAACACCACAGGCAGGAAAUUCUGUCAAUCAUGGCUUUCGUACGGGAAACAAUUCAUACUACAGUAACAGCAGCAAUACAGCUGGCGGAAAAAUUGAUUCUAAUGCAUGGAAUGGAAGUGGUUUAAAUAUUCCUGGCGGAAAUCAUUUAUGGUCAUUUAAUCCUCCAAAUUCUGCAAGUCUCUGGGCAUCUAAUACCCCUAUGAAUGAUCACGAGCAGAAUGCAUCCACUCAAUUAAAUUCAUAUUUGCCUGGUGAUUUGUUGAAUGGUGAGCCAAUGUGAGAUUUUUAUGUGAUUUUUUUUUCAUUUUUUUUUUCCUUUUUUAGACAGUAAACAAUAUACUGCUAGCGUCCAAGUUGCAGGAUUCUUGACUGGCGAUAUUUGUCUGAUAUUGUCCUACAUGCUUGAAUGAAACUUUCCUUGGAUAUAGGUGUGGCUUCUGAAAUUGCC